GAUUUAAAAUCUGGAAAACACGAACGAAAUAAAUAAAUAAAUACAUAUGACAAUAUUUUUUGAACCUCCCGAAUUUUGCUCUGCCGCUGGCCGUUUAAAGCCCAUUUUCAUCGGCAUUUCUGUUUCGCCUCAUUGGUCCUCGAAACGCCUUUCCUAUCAUCAUUUUUAAACGCUGCAAUUUUUUGGUUCGAAUUUUGAAUUCAAGACUUUUUAACCAGCAUCGUCUCCGAUUGUUGUCAAUCACUUUGCCAUUGGCACGGUCAGUUUCUUGUACUCAGUUUGUUUGCCGGGAAAAAAUUGAAGGGAAAGGAACUGUUAGGAUUCGCAGGAUCUGAUAGGUUUGUGGGGACCAGAGAGAAGAAUCUAUGGCGUAUAAGGUCGAUCAAGAGUACGACUACCUCUUCAAGAUCGUAUUGAUCGGGGACUCAGGUGUGGGAAAAUCCAAUAUUCUUUCCAGGUUUACGAGAAACGAGUUCUGCUUAGAGUCUAAAUCCACCAUUGGUGUCGAAUUUGCAACGAGGACUCUGCAGGUAGAGGGGAAGACAGUUAAGGCACAAAUAUGGGACACAGCAGGUCAGGAGAGAUACCGUGCAAUCACUAGUGCUUACUACAGAGGUGCUGUUGGUGCACUUUUGGUUUAUGACAUAACAAAAAGGCAAACAUUUGAGAAUGUCCAAAGGUGGCUUCGUGAAUUGAGGGACCAUGCUGAUUCCAAUAUCGUUAUUAUGAUGGCUGGGAACAAGUCUGACCUGAAUCACUUAAGGGCAGUCCCUGAAGAUGAUGCUCAGGUCUUGGCUGAGAAAGAAGGGCUCUCAUUCCUUGAAACAUCAGCAUUGGAAGCUCUUAAUGUUGAAAAGGCUUUCCAGACCAUUUUGUUGGAGAUUUACCACAUUAUAAGCAAGAAGGCACUAGCAGCGCAGGAGGCCGCUGCCACUACUGGGAUUCCUGGUCAAGGCACUACAAUUAAAAUUGGGGACCUUUCAGGUAAUAACAAGAGAACUUGUUGUUCUAAUUAAUAUGGCAAUGGCAUACCUCAAAAAUUCCAAAUGAGGAACAAUAGGUGGUUGUUUAUAUGCCAGACCUGUAGAAUAAUUUUCUACAUGUUAGUGUUUACUCAAGAGUCUCUGUGAAAAGAAUAUUUCUUAUUCACAAUGAUAAUAUUUCAAGAUGAACAUCUUAGUUUUUUAGCAGUCUUUCCAAAUGAUAUAGCACUCACAUGUACUAAUAGGUACAGGUGGGAAAUCAAUGUCUCAGUAUAGGGAGAGGAUAGAUUAAAGAACUAUUUGGAUUGUAGAUUUUAUUGUUAGUUUUUCUUCACUUGACAGUUGAACUUGUAAUAAAAAAUUUCUGUUGCUUGUUAA